UUCCGCCCCGCAGGGAGAUGAGCUGGCGGAGGGGGAAGCACUUCCGGGGCAGGGGGCGGCCCGCAGGGGACAUGGAGAGAAUGAAGCUGCCCCCCCGGGGGCCCAUGGAGCUGCCCCUCUCCAUGCUGCAAGUGGGCUGCGCCGGACGCUUCGAACUCAUCACCCGCCCGGAGGGGCCCGACGGGGACACGUUCCCCCUCUCCACGCUGCCCCACGGCCUGCCCCCCUACGCCAUGGACCUGGCCUCGGAGCUGGAGCGGCGCUUCCUGGCCAGCCCCGAAUGGCUGCCCCUCCACCGCUUCGACAGGGCCCCCAGGGUCUGGCCGCGGGAGAAGGACAUCUGGUCGCUGUUGGAGACUGACCCCACCCCUGUGCACUCCACGCUGCAGACGGAGCGGGACCCCACCACAGGGCAGAUCCUGGCCUUCAGAGAGGCGCCAUUGGACAACAUGGGGCUGUCGGCCAAGAACUCGCUCUCCUUCCAGCGGGCGCCGGGGCCCCCUGCCCAGGCCCUGCGGGGCAGCAGCACCAACUACCCCUUCUGGCCAGGCGGGAUGGACGAGCCCAGCAUGGAGCAGAUCAGUGCCAAAGAUCACCUGGAGGAGGACAUCGACUUCGAGAGAGACUUGCUGACGGUGCCGCCGGGCUGGAAGAAGGGGGUGGAGUUCAAGCCGCAAGCGGCGACGCUCCAGGCUUCCCCGGGGCUGCUGCCCCUGUCCGGCCUGCUGGGGGCGCUGGACUCCUUCGAGCUGGGCGGCUCCAGUGACGAGGAGGAGGAGGAGAAGAGGAAGACGAAGGCCAAGGGGCCAGGGGGGAAGGAGGGAGAGACGCCCCCAGCCCCCACCCCCGCCAUGCAGAGGGCAGACAGCCUAGAGGAGCUGGUGCUGAAGGAGGUGACCCCCGGGUCCCCGCCGCCCGUCCAGGCCGUGCCCCCCCAGCCCCCCAAGGAGCAAUGGGCAAUUCCCGUCGACAUCUCUUCGCCUGUGGACGACUUCUACAAACGCAUCCCCGACCCAGCCUUCCGGUGGCCGUUCGAGCCAGACGUGUUCCAGAAACAGGCCAUCCUGCACCUGGAGAAGCACGACUCGGUCUUCGUGGCCGCACACACCUCGGCGGGGAAGACGGUGGUGGCCGAAUACGCCAUCGCCCUGGCCCAGAAGCACAUGACCAGGACCAUCUACACCUCCCCCAUCAAGGCUCUGUCCAACCAGAAGUUCCGAGAUUUCAAGAACACCUUUGGGGACGUGGGGCUGCUGACGGGGGAUGUCCAGCUGCACCCCGACGCCUCCUGCCUCAUCAUGACCACCGAGAUCCUGCGGUCCAUGCUGUAUAACGGCUCAGACGUGAUCCGGGAUCUGGAGUGGGUGAUCUUUGACGAGGUUCAUUACAUCAACGAUGCAGAGCGCGGCGUGGUGUGGGAGGAGGUGCUGAUCAUGCUGCCGGAGCACGUGAACAUCAUCCUGCUGAGCGCCACCGUCCCCAACACGCUGGAGUUCGCCGACUGGAUCGGGCGGAUCAAGCGGAAGCGGAUCUACGUGAUCAGCACCCUGCGGCGCCCGGUGCCCCUCGAGCACCAUCUCUACACGGGCAACAGCCACAAAACCCAGCACGAACUCUUCCUGCUCCUUGACGCCCGCGGCACCUUCCUCACCAAGGGGUACUACGCGGCGGUGGAGGCGAAGAAGGAGCGCUCCAGCAAACACGCCCAGACCUUCGGGGCCAAGCAGCCCACGCACACGGGCACCGGGCCGGGCCAGGAGAAGGGCGUGUGGCUCUCGCUGAUGGACGCGCUGCGGAAGCGGGACCAGCUGCCCGUGGUGGCCUUCACCUUCUCCCGCGCCCGCUGCGACGACAACGCGUCCGCGCUCACCACCCUCGACCUGACCACGAGCGCCGAGAAGAGCCAGAUCCACCUCUUCUUCCAGAAGUGCCUGUCCCGCCUCAAGGGCUCCGACCGCCAGCUGCCCCAGGUGCUGCACAUGGUGGAGCUGCUGAAGCGGGGCAUCGGAGUGCACCACAGCGGGAUCCUGCCCAUCCUCAAGGAGGUCGUGGAGAUGCUCUUCAGCAAAGGGCUGGUCAAG